AUGACUCGCCAGAAGGAUGCCGGACGGGCGUGGGUGUGUGUGUUGGGCUCGUUCUACAUCCACUUCAUUGUGUUUGGACUCAUGCAGUCCUUCGGCGUAAUACACGUGGAGCUGCUUGAUCAUUUCCAUUGGUCAAGAGGGCACACUGCAUGGAUCGGAUCUCUUCUUAGUGGUCCCGUGUUUCUGUUCGGGCCAGUUGAUGCUGCAAUAUAUAAUACAUUUGGACCGAGGGCAGCAACGAUCCUGGGAGCUGUAUUGGCUUCCAUCGGCUGCAGCAUCAGCUGUCUUGCAGACAGUCUUCUCUACCUGGAUCUCAGUUAUGGCUUUCUCCAAGGUUUCGGCUUCAGCCUUCUAUUCUUCUCCGCCGUUGUCAUUGUCAACCAGAACUUCGAGAAACACCGAUGUCUUGCAAACGCCCUUGGCAGUACGGGUGCAAGUAUUGGUACUUUGGUGCUGCCUCCUCUACUGAAGGUGAUGAUUUAA